AUAGAGAGUAUAUAUAUCAAAACAGAGGAACUAGGGUUGUAGAAGAAAAUAUAGACAAACUAACUGUUUUUUUUUCUUUGCUUGAGCUGUAAGUAAUGAAGUGGAUUCGUGGAGAAACAAUAGGUCACGGGAGCUUCUCCACCGUUAGUUUAGCCACCACCUCUGGAAGCUCGACAUCAUCAUUCCCAAAGCUGAUCGCUGUGAAAUCUUCCGGAGUGGUUUGUUCCGCCGCGUUACGGAACGAAAGAGACGUGCUUGAUGAUCUCCGUGACUGCCCCGAGAUCGUACGGUGUUUCGGAGAAGCAACGACGGUGGAGAACGGGGAAGAGGUGUACAACUUGUUUCUUGAGUACGCUUCCGGUGGAAACUUGGGUGACAGAGUUAAGAACUCCGGCGAGGCGUUGCCGGAAUGCGAAGUGCGUCGGUUCACGAGGUCGAUUGUUAGAGGGUUGUGUUAUAUCCACUCGAAAGGGUUUGCUCAUUGCGACGUGAAGCUUGAGAAUGUUUUGUUGUUCGGCGACGGUGGAGACGUGAAGAUUUCUGAUUUCGGGUUAGCGAAACGAAGGGGUGAGAACGUGGCCGAGAUCAGAGGAACGCCUCUGUAUAUGGCGCCGGAAGCGGUAAACCACGGCGAGUUUGAGGCUCCGGCGGAUAUAUGGGCGUUGGGAUGCUCUGUAGUCGAGAUGUCGAGUGGCGAAACGGCAUGGUGUUUGGAGGAAGUUACGGACGUAAUGUCUCUGAUGGUUCGUAUUGGUUCAAGUGAUGAAGUUCCGACAGUUCCGGUGGAGUUGUCGGAAGAAGGAAAAGAUUUCGUGAGGAAAUGUUUUGUUAAAAACCCGGCGGAUAGAUGGACGGCUCAGAUGCUUUUGGAUCAUCCGUUCCUAGCCGUUGAUGAUGAUGAAAAUAGUAGUGGUGGUUCAUUGAAGUGUGGCGAACAAAAGGCUUCGGCUUCACCGAGAGAUCCUUUUGAUUUCCCUGAAUGGAACUCGGUUCAAUCUCCGGUUACGGUUUGCUCACCGGUUUGUUAUUCGCCGUUUAGUUGUUUGGUACGUUCGCCGGAGGUGAGGAUCAUUGGUUUGGUCAGCGAGAAUGUACCUGAUUGGUCGGUGUCGUGUGAUUGGGUCAACGUCAGAUAGUUUAAUUAGUGGAGAUAGACGAAGUCAUAAGAAGGAGAUUAUUAUGGCGUUAAUUAAAUAAUUGACGGUCUUUAUUUAAUCUUUUGUUAAUUAGCUCGUUGACUACUGUAAAUAAUAUCAGAUUUUUUUUUUUUUGAAAGAACAGAGUU